UUAGCAUAAUGGUGAAUAUUAUAAAGAUAGAUCCCAUUUUUAACAAACAAAGACAAAAUUAUUCGGUGGAAAUUAGGGCAAGUUGAUGGGAACGGCAGACAAACCCGACCCGUCGGAAUAUCAACUCCUCCUCAAACCAUCUACACGAGGGAGAAACUCCCUCUCUUUCUCUUCUUCCUUCCUCCUCCAUUCCAGAAUUCCGGAAUUCUAGAACCUUCUUGAGGAUAGAGAAUGGGGAAGAACCCUUUCUCUUUUCGUCGGACUCUUUCCCGUCGCCGGAAUCUUCGUAAAGUUCCGGUGGUGAUUAAUCCGCCGGAAAAUUCGGGUAUUGAGAUUGUACCGACGUCGAAAAACGACGAUGUUGCGGGAACCUCUAGUGCGGGGAUGAGUAAAGGGAAGAAGAAAUUGGGAGGAGCUAGGUUAUGGAUGAAAUUCGAUAAAUUUGGUGAAUCGGAAUUGAUUGAGUGGGAUAAAAGUAGUAUUAUUAAACGUGUUGGUAUUCCUGCUAGGGAUUUGAGAAUUCUUGGUCCUGUUUUUUCUCAUUCCUCCAAUAUUCUUGCUAGAGAAAGAGCCAUGGUUGUCAAUUUGGAGUUUAUAAAGGCCAUAGUUACUGCGGAAGAGGUUCUUUUGCUUGAUCCUCUUCGCCAAGAGGUUCUUCCUUUUGUAGAACAACUUCGACAACAACUUCCUCAUAAGAGCCAGGUAAUGAGUAAAGCAGGACCCAUAUAUGAUGGGGACAGUAAACUAGGUUCCACUGAGGCUCAAUGGGCACGCACCCCUGAAGCUGUUGAAGGUGAACAGCAGGAGCUUCCAUUUGAGUUUCAGGUGCUAGAAAUUGCCUUAGAGGUUGUAUGUUCAUAUUUGAACUCUAAUGUGGUUGAGCUUGAGAAACAUGCGUAUCCUGUAUUAGAUGAAUUGGCUCGGAAUGUAAGCACCAAGAAUCUUGAACGUGUGAGGAGCUUGAAGAGUAACCUCACUCACUUGCUUGCUCGGGUCCAAAAGGUUAGAGAUGAAAUUGAGCAUCUUUUGGAUGACAAUGAAGAUAUGGCUCACUUAUAUCUUACAAGGAAGUUGAUACAGUAUCAACAAUCUGAAGGUUUGUUGAAUCUGGCUACUUCCAAUGCUAUUGUCCCACAACAUUUUCUUCAUCGAAACAGUUCCUAUCGUAGUGGAAGUAUCAUGACUAGCAACUACUGGGAUGACGAUGUUGAAGAUCUUGAGAUGUUACUGGAGGCUUAUUUCAUGCAGUUGGAUGGGACUAGGAACAGGAUACUCUCUGUGAGGGAGUACAUUGAUGAUACAGAAGAUUAUGUCAAUAUUCAACUCGACAACCAGCGUAAUGAACUCAUUCAACUCCAACUCCAUCUUACAAUUGCAUCAUUUGCUAUUGCAAUCGAUACCCUUAUAGCAGGAUUUUUUGGCAUGAACAUACCCUGUAGUUUAUAUACCAAGGACGGUGUCUUUGGCUAUGUCGUUGCAGGUGGCAUUGUCUUCUCCUUUCUGAUGUACCUCCUCAUUUUAGGAUAUGCCAGGUGGAAAAAGCUACUUGGCUCUUGAACAUCCACAUUGCAUCUCUGAUACGUACAUCAGUACAUGCUGUUAGUGAUUAUAGGUCAUUGUAAUUUCAAGACUAGAUAAAAUGUCAAUACACAGAUUUCAACUUGUAUAAGCACAAUGGCAAGGUGAAUGAAGCUGUUUUGAGUGUAUAUGAUUUAAUGUCUAUGAUAAAUGAAAUAUAGCAUUAAGCUUUGAAGCUGCACAUCUUUA